CGGUAGGUGCACGCUACAACUUGAUUUAAACCUCGUUGUUGUCAUUCUUUUAACAGUACCAUGAUGAAAGCUUCGACUUUAGUUUUGGUGCUCUUGGUUGUAAUUUUGCUUUCAUCUGUGAGACUUUCCUUUGGAUAUCCGAAAAUAUUGAAAAAGAUAUCAGCAAACGGAAAAUCUUCAUUGCAAUCGCGGGGAGUGUCAUCCGAUGGAGAUGAACAUCAAGGUAGGUAUAUUAAUGCUAACAAAAAAAUAUUUUUAUCAAUGUAUGGUUUUUCCAAGCGUUCGGUAGCGCUUUUGGUUUAGUUUAUAACUGAUUUUGCCUCAAAAACGCACCUUCAAGCAAAAAAGAAAGAAUGAGACUUUAAAAAGAGAAAAAAUACAGAAGCCAGACAAUGUAGACUGAAGAAGCUAAAUGGCCAAAAUUGCAUCCAUAACACGCAAUCUUAGAUGAUUCUGAUUAAAAAAGGAUAAAGUAAUAAUACUGUCAUUCACAGGACAAUCAAUCUAAACGUAAACUGAUAUAAAGGUGUACGAGAAGUAAGCGAGUCGCUAUUGGUAAGCUUUUAAGAAGCGAAUAGCACUUAAUCAAGGAAGUGAGAUCUUUCUGGCACUUUUAGAAUGGGUUUUGAGCAAGGCGAUGGCGGACUGGCUUCUGAACGAAGUGUGAAGUGCUUAUGUGUGGUGUAAGGAAACGAACGUAAAAGCCAUUUAGAAGCAGUCAUUUUGUAGGGACGAACGAAAAAGUGAGGGGAUCAAGAUUGAAAACAGGGGCCACUCCUGCUGAAAACCCCGCCUAUUUUAUCCGGCCCGCUUAUUUGUUCGCUGACCGAGAGCCUGGCACGAGCUGGGCACAAAUUAGUAGUUUCACUGACUGGUUGUUUGAGAGGUUGGCGCAUGUCUUCCAAACUAAUCACAAAACACAUCAAAGCAAAUCAAAUGCAGUCUAAAGGCACUUUUUACAAUUAAUCAAAAAUUGCUCUCUAAAAUGGCUCUUUUUUGUUAUAGCAGUUAAACGACCCACUGACCUACCUUGCGUCGAUGAAAAAGACAGAUACCAUUGUUUUUACGACAUAGUGAUGGCGGAUGCGUGUUUGACGAAAGUGGAGGAGAUGUGGAAAAAUUGCAGAUAUUCUUGCAACUUUUGUAAGUGCUCAGAAAUGAUAACUUUGCUUUAAAAAUUGCGUCAGUGAUAAAGACCAAUAAAAGAAAAAAAUUAUAUCGAGAAUUAUCUACCCUGAACUGGCUGCAUAUUUCUUAAGAUCUUCGAUCACAAUCAUCAGUUUCGAUUGUGUUUCUUUUCGAUCAAAGCUUGAUUUUUUAUUUACUUUUUUUAUAUACUUGAUCUCAUUCACCUCAUUUAUUCGAUUGGUUUUAUUAUCUUCUUUUAUCUAUGGACUUAUUUUUUUUUAUUUCAGGCUAGGUGAACUCAUGAAGACACAACGCCUUGUUGGCUUGUGAGACCGUCAAACUAUGGCA